GGCCGGCUUUUCCCAGACCCACGCCGCGCUACAUAGACGCGGCGGAUGACGCCAUCAGGCCGCGUCACCAGAAGGUCACACGGGAUCCAGCAACAUGGCGGCGGCGGCGCUGCGGGGAGGUUGGUGCCGCUGCCCGCAGAGAUGCCUCAGCAAUGGAGUCCAGUUCCUGUCCAGCCACAACCUAAUGCUACUGCACAAUGGUGCCUAUCAGAUACGCCGGCCCGGCCGAGAGCUGCCUCUGUCCAAAUCCUAUUCUUCUGGAAACAGGAAAGGCUUCCUCUCUGGCUUGCUAGAUAAUAUCAAGCAAGAAUUAGCCAAAAACAAAGAAAUGAAAGAAAGUAUAAAAAAGUUCCGAGAUGAGGCCCGCAAGCUAGAAGAGUCUGACGCGCUCCAGGAGGCCAGAAGGAAAUACAAAAGCAUUGAAUCCGAAACCGUGCGGACGAGCGAGGUGAUAAAGAAGAAGCUGGGGGAGAUCACAGGCACAGUGAAGGAGAGUCUUGAUGAAGUCGGUAAAAGCGACCUUGGCCGGAAGAUCAAGGAGAGCGUGGAGGAAGCUGCCAAGACUGCCAAACAGUCGGCCGAGUCGGUGUCCAAAGGCGGGGAGAAGCUGGGCCGGACCGCCGCCUUCAGAGCCAUCUCCCAGGGGGUAGAGUCCGUGAAGAAGGAGAUCGACGACAGCGUGCUGGGGCAGACCGGGCCCUAUCGGAGGCCAGAGCGCCUCAGGAAGAGGAAGGAGUUUGCAGGAGAGAAGCUCAAGGAAGAGAAGGUGUUUGAGCCUAACGAGGAGGCCCUGGGGGUCGUGCUGCACAAGGACUCCAAGUGGUACCAGCAGUGGAGAGACUUCAGGGACAACAACGUGGUAUUUAAUCGGUUCUUCGAGAUGAAGGUGAAGUAUGACGAGAGCGACAACGUCCUCAUCCGGGCGUCCCGCGCGCUGACAGACAAGGUCACAGACCUGCUGGGGGGCCUGUUCUCGAAGACGGAGAUGUCAGAGGUGCUCACGGAGAUCCUGCGAGUUGACCCUGCCUUCGACAAGGAGCGGUUCCUGCAGCAGUGUGAGAGCGACAUCAUCCCCAACGUCCUGGAGGCCAUGAUUUCUGGAGAGCUUGAGAUUCUCAAAGACUGGUGCUAUGAAGCUACCUACAGCCAGCUGGCGCACCCGAUCCAGCAGGCCAAGGCGCUGGGCCUGCAGUUCCACUCCCGCAUUCUGGACAUCGACAACAUCGACCUGGCCAUGGGCAAGAUGAUGGAGCAGGGGCCUGUGCUGAUCAUCACCUUCCAGGCCCAGCUGGUGAUGGUGAUCAAGAACCCCAAAGGCGAGGUGGUGGAGGGCGACCCGGACAAGGUGCUGCGCAUGCUGUACGUGUGGGCGCUCUGUCGAGACCAGGACGAGCUCAACCCCUACGCGGCCUGGCGGCUCCUGGACAUCUCAGCGUCCAGCACGGAGCAGGUCCUCUGAGCGUGGUGGCCACGAGCAGAGGCUUCUGGGCUGGAUCAGCGCGCGGUGGUUACACAGGACUGGUGUCUGCCUGUCACAACUAGACCUCUGGGGAAGACGGGACUGUCGGAUCUCUACCAGGGCCGCUACAAAACCAGCUGGAUGGGGACGGGCGGGUGGAUGAGGGGGGCCGGCUCCCCAUCCCGGGGGGCUCCUGCACUGCUGCCACGCCCCUCCGCCAGCAGCCGGGGUCAAUAUGGUGCACCGGCCGGAUGGUGCCGAGAGGCCACCCCCCUGGCCCAGGGACGAUCCAGGGGGCAGGACGGCAGGUCUAGGACCUGCUGCUCAGAGUAGCAUACGAGCCGCUUCAGCCCGGCCAUUUUGGCUCCGUUUUUUAACAGUGCCCUUAUUAUCCUGUAUAUAUGCCUGAGAUUUGGAAAUAAUAAUAAAACGCCAAAGUGCAGGACAGCAA